AUGACCCGCAUACGCUACCCCAUGGGUCCAGAUGCAAGUGCCGGUGCCGGUGACCGCUGCAUAAUAGUUUGAUUUCAUGUGCUGACAAAUGCUUUUUGCCAACCAUUGUAUACCUUACUUACGCUUGUUAAUAUUAGCCUUCCAUUAGUUAAGCAUAGGGCGCUAGAUGUUUAAUCUUAUCACUGAAGAAUCACACAGUUAAUGAUAUUGCAUCAGCAUGAAUAGACCUUGAGAUUAGUGAUCUUAUGUUCGUUACACUCAUAGUAAACCACGAAAGACAGAAUGUUACUCAGAUUUAAUGCCUAGUCAGCUUGUUAUGUAACGAUAACUUCCAAGCAACUUACUGUAUAACUGUGCCUAUGCCCUGAUAAAACUGGGCAUCUACUGCUAAAUGGUGAUUUUUGUAUUGCACCGAGUGCUCAAGGCCUAGCCUGUAAGCCACGUGAAGCCUAGGAGUACUGCUUUAUCUGUAUAGCUACUGAUAUAUAUAUGCAUGACCUGUACUGUUCUCAGCCUAGGUCUUUCGGCAAGCAACAUAGAAAUACUCCUAGUUAUGUCACAUCCUCAUAUAAAAUUAUUCUGAACUAGCUAUUUUAACUUCUUACAGCUUAAAGUAUGAUUAACUAAGCAUGUUUAUAUUAAAAAUUGUGCUUGAUAGACAUAUGUCCCGCAUGUAAAGCGGAGGAAUGGCCUGAGGAUUGCUUUUGGGGCACCUCAAGCCUGCCUGUAUCAAAAUAAUAAUAAUAUUAAAAUAAUAAUAAUAAUUUAAAAAAAAUAAAAAAAUGCCCACCCCCACCAAGGCUCUGCAUCACACACACACACUGCACUCAUACACACACACACUGCACUCACACACGCACACACACACACACACACACACACUGCACUCACACACACACACACUGCACUCAUACCCACACACUGCACUCAUACCCACACACUGCAUUAUAUACACACACACUGCAUUCAUACACACACACACUGCACUCAUACACACACACUGCAUUAUACACACACACACACACACACACACACACUGCAUUCAUUAUAUACACACACUGUAAAUAAAUAUUCAAUUAAUAUAUUUUUUCUUUGUAGAUUGGAAGACUGUAAUUUGACAUCAAUCUGUUGUGAAGAUUUUUACUCUGUUUUUAUUACAAACCGAUCCCUGAUCAAUUUGGACCUGUCAGAGAAUAAACUGAAUGACUCAGGUGUAAAACUUUUAUGUGAAGGUCUAAAGCAUCCAGGCUGUACAAUACAGGAGCUGAGGUAAGAACAAUGUUAUUUCAUGGUUUUAUCCCCUUGAUGUCAGGGCAUUAGCAUUUGAGGUAGUCAUGCUAUCAUUUGAUUUCUUAAGUGCGUCAACUAAUAUCUUCUCCCCAACUCAGAAAAUUGGGAAAUAUAGACUUUUAUACUAUAUAGAUGUUAUUUUCCAUAAAAUGCCAGAAGAUCAAUUUUGCAUGACAUGUGUACAAUAAUGUUUGCUAGUUUGGUUGCUAUCCCUCAUGCUGCCAUUCCUAUUGCUUUUUUUAUACCCCACCAUCAACGUAUUCUUCCUGUAACAUUUUGUAAUUGUCUAAUAUAUUCUUAAAUUCCACCCUUUAUAUAUAUAUAUAUAUAUAUAUAUAUUAUAAAGGUGGAAAUUUAAUAAUAAUAAGUUAGCACUAUAUAAAUGUCAAUAAUAAUAAUAGUACUAUGUUAUUUUAGUAAGUACUUGAUCAAGCUAGUAAUUGCAUUUUUAGGGAGAUACAAAAUAUGUAGAUCAGAAGCUUAAGGACCAUAAGGAUCCUGCAUACUAUAAUGAAAAUGGGUUGUCAGAAUUUUUAGGAUUAGGAUUUUUUUACAUUUAGAUAGCAUUUUACAGACUGCAAGGAGGACUUGGGGGCCACACAGGGGGCAAUCCAUGCCACCACUGCCCAUCUGUAGCCAGCAUGCUAUGGGUGCUGACAACAAAUGCCCAACAUGCACAGUCCGGAACUCUAGGAUGUGGAGUUAUACCUCUGCCAACAAUGUGCAUUUUGUUGCUGUGAUGUCAUGGGAGAUAGCUUGAUCAGCGCUGGCAAAAAGGUGAGUAAAACCCAUUUUAUAUUUUGAUUUGGGGGGAAACUAAAAUGGAACUCAAGGGAGGAAGUCUCACCACACUAUCCUUAAUUGAGUUGCAAUCAGAAGGUAAAGCAAUGAAACAAACACAAAUAAGAUUCUGAUCAGGUCUCCAUAUUUCAAAUCGCAACCUACUAGCCAGAAUUAAAAGUGACUCUCCUUAACAAACUAUGUAACAAAGUCUUACAUUUAUUUCUGGUCCCCUUCUACCACAUGACAAAUGAUGUCUGGAGAAAUGGUUUCAGUAAAACAUCACUUUCCCUUUUUCCUAAAUUUCACUGACCGUCUUAUUUCCUGUUAUUUUCCCUUUGCUUCUAAUUCCCACUGUCUCUGUCUGUCAUUGUCCUUUGAUUCUCGCUUUCUACAUUGCUCUAAUUAUCAAUUAUCCCUGUCAUUGUCCCCCAUCCUCCUUAUGAUCAUCCUCAUUCCUCACUGUUAUGGUCCCUAUCAAUUGUCCAUGUCAUUGACCCCCAUCCUCCUUAUGAUUAUCCUCCUUUCUCACUGUUAUGGUCCCUAUUUCAUUCUUUAUAUAUGUGUGUGUUUGUGUUUGUUUGUUUAUGAGGCCUCACUUCCUGUCUCUGUCAAUAUUUGGCCUCAUUUGGGGGCAUCACUCUUGCAGACUAGUGUGAGCUGCAUGAGGUUCUUGCUGUACAAAUGAAUAUAAUUGUUCUCUAGAACAAUUAGUCCAGCGCCUUUGAGUUCUGUUAAUGUCUUUCAUAUUUGCAGGUUGCGGAAAUGUGAUCUCACCUUAUCUUGCUGUGAGGAUCUGAAGUCUGUUAUUGUUCAUAACCUGUCAUUGAAAAACCUGGACCUAUCCAGUAAUGAUAUAGAGGAUUUGGGAGUAAAACAUCUGUGUGAAGGUCUUCAACACCCUGGCUGCAUUCUACAGGAGCUUAGGUAAGAAUUAUACUGUCACACAUCGUGUAAUAUUUUGGGGUGUGGCUGUGACUAAACCUUGGGCUCCGAGUCUGACUGUUGCUUACAUUGGUCGGUCAAGAGUGACAGUGAGUGGGGAAACAAGUAUGAACUUCCACCCAAAUAUAUAUUCUUAACUUUACCAAAAUCUAUCAAUCUUACACUUGGAGGAUGCAGCUGAAGACAAAUUAAGAUCUUUUUUUUUAGUGUAAUGGCAACAUGGAAAAGAUCGUUGUAAUCCUUGUGAGAUAUCCUUGUAUUGUCAAAAUUGUAAAUGGUUUUCCAGUAAUGGGAUAGUUAAACUCAACAUGGCAUUUAACCCCUUCCCGGCCACGGACGUACUGGUAUAUCCAACAAAAAACGGUCGUUAAUGAGGUCCAUGGCAAAAAUCACCCCUGGACUUACCUGGACCAGCGAUCUGCAGCAAUCCGGGUCGGGGGGAUCUGCCCGGGACCCCAGCAGUCCCCCUGCAGCAGCUCCAUCCACCAUGAUCACAUGGCCGCAAUAGCAGUCUAUGGAGCUGCCAGCAGGGGGACUGUCUGAGCUAUCAGGCAGUCCACCAGCCAUCUAAAAAGUAAAAAAAAAAUUAUUAAAUGGAGUAAUAAAAAUAAUAUUUUAUACAAAUAUUAUAUAUGUAUAAUAUAUUAUAAAAUAAUUAAAGCAUUUUGUAAUAUAUAAUACAUAUAUAAUGCAUAUACAUGAUUGCAUUAUAAGUGUACUUUGAGAUAUAUACACAUAUAUCUCAAAAUACACUUAUAAUGUAAUCAUAUAUAUGCAUUAUAUAUAUAUAUAAUAUAUUAUAAAAUGUUUUAAUUAUUUUGUAAUAUAUUAUAUAUAUUUGUGCUCGGAAUAGGUUAUGGAUUGUAUAAGAAGAUGCAUAGUUUGUUGAGGUGUGCUGAAACCAACGAACGAGUAGGCCUGUAAUAAAAGAGGGCCCACAAAGGUGAUAAUGUAAUAUUUGAUGGGUGGAGGUGGGUGGGGUCAAUCAGCUUGAACAGCAGAGGUGAGUAGGGGCUGGGAGUUUAAGUAGGGGCCAUAACUCCUCCCACAAAUUCAGGCCUGAUUGCUGUGGUUUGUUUUAGUAGAAAGUAAUAAAAGGACGUGGUGGUCAUCGACUUUCUUUAGGUGAGACAACUUUAGUCUUGGAGUGGUAUCUACUUGGCAUACAACAGUAAACUCUCUAGGUCUAAGGAAGCCAUAGAAAGCGAUAAAAAUGGCAGCUUUGAUAACAUAGUUUGUAUGGUAAUCGAAAGGGGAUUUGUCUAGUAGGUCGCUGAGAAGUCUAAAAAUAGGCCCGUCGAAGGGAAGUCUGCUAGUUGCAGGGGGAACUGUUACUUUAUGAAUACCUUUAAAGAAGUUCUUAAUAGGGUAUGAUGCAAGAAAAGCUGCGUGAUUAGGAAAGUUAGUGAGAACGUGGUGCUGUACCCAGUUGAGGUAAAGCUUAAUGGUGUUGUGAGAUAAUUUUAGGUGUAAGUGACAGAAGGAGGCAAAAGCCACCAUGGUUUUAAUAGAGAAAUCUCCUUGUAAGUGAAACUCUGCAGAGAACUUAUUGAAAAUGGUUAGUGCCCUAGCGUAAGUGGUAAGGGUGUUGGGUGAGAGUGCGUGGUGCGUGAGUGCUUGAGCAUGGAGUAGUAGUUCAGUCAGUCCAUUAGUAACUUGUGAAAAGGUGGUAUCCUGGAUGGUAGGUGGAGGGCAGUAGGGAGUGCCUGGAAGAACACCUGAAAAUGAGAGCGGGAAAGAGAAUCCGCAGCUAUGUUACGAAUACUAGGAAUGUGUUCGCAGACAAGGUGAAACUGAGCAGUUGCUGCUAGCCAAGUCAGAUUGCAUACCAAACUUAUGAUGGUUAGAGAGGAGGACCACCCCUUGUUUAUAAUUUCGCAGGCUGCCGAAUUGUCAGAGCAGCAUUUGACUGCCUUGCCGGUCCAUAGAUGACCCCAUGUAUGAGCAGCCGCCACAAUGGGGUAAAUCUCGAACAAGGAGAACGUUUCCCUAGAAGCCGGCAAGGCAUCCGUCUCAGUGGGCCAGUUAUCCCUAAACCAGUGGUUGCCGAAUAUAGCCGCAAACCCAAUGUGUGCUGCUGCAUCUGUGUAAAUUGUAGGGGAAUGAUCGGAUAGCGGGGGAAUGAACAGGGAGACUCCGUUCCACUUGGCCAAGAAGUUCCUCCACAUGUGCAAAUCUUGGCAGGAGUCGGGCACCCCAUGGAGUAGACACAGUAGCCUAGAGACGAAUGAUCUGUCCUGCGGAAUGAUCCGCAUCGCAAAGUUAAGGGACCCCAAUAAGGACUGGAGUCCCUUUCUGGUGCACAUAUCACUCCGCAGGAACAGACUGAUUUCGUCUCUAAUGCGGGUCAAUUUCUCUGGUGGUAGGCUGGCUUGAAAUGUCUGUAAAUGCUUCUAGGUGCAGGGAAGCCGGGUUCUAUCAACAAAAAAUCAUCUAAGUAGUGAAUCACAGACAGACACCUGACUAUGUUGAGGAGCAGCCAGCAGAGUGUUUCCGUGAAUAUGUAAAAAAGCUUAGGGCUGCUCCUAGACCCAAAGGUGAGCCGGGUAGAAAAAUAGUACCUGUCCCGCCAUUUAACACCGUGUAAGUGCCAUGGUGAAUGGGUAAAAGCUUGAAGGCAUUUGUGAUGUCGGUUUUGCUUAGCCAUGCCUUGCUGAUAGCUUGCCUAAGAUGAUAGCUUGCAUAGCAUCAUCAAUUUUAGCUUAUUGUAUUGUAAUUUGUGAUGUCGGUUUUGCUUAGCCAUGCCUUGCUGAUAGCUUGCCUAAGAUGAUAGCUUGCAUAGCAUCAUCAAUUUUAGCUUAUUGUAAUGAAAACUCCUAAGCGGGUAUGAGAGUGUUUAUGCUGGUGGUGUGCGAAGAAUGAUGCGCUGAAAUAUCAAUAAUCAAUCUUUUUUUAUUUGAAUAUUUAUGUACAGCUACCCCGAUAGGGUUUGCAUGCCAGCAUGAGAAGGGGGGUACUGCAAAUGGGCCAAUAAAGAAAACCUGUCUGAGUUUCUGUGGACAAGAGGUGGUCCACCGUGAGAGGGUCGUUAGAGGCUGAUAGCAGGUUUGGGCAUUCGAGUGUGCCUGUGGGAAUGGCAAUGAGGCCCAUGUGAAAAUCCCGACACCAAAAAUUCCACUAAAUGCCUGGCUGGGUGGGAACAGAGGUAGUAGGCUACGACAUCUAUAUUGACCUCGGUCAGUCAUUUCUUUGGGGAAAGUCUGGCUGGGCACAUGGCCUUGGUAUGCGAUCUGAAACAAAUGGAGCAGACAUGCAACAACCUGCAUUCGCUGAAGCUGCAUGCGCCAGCGUUAAAAUUGUUGCACACCUGCGCCUUGCCCAGAAACGCAAUGGGUCUGCCCAGCUUUUCCCUCUGCCCGCCUUCUUGCCUAGUAUGUGAGGUGGAGUGGUGAGAAGAGGAAGGGUCUGCCUUGCAAGGGCACAAAUCUGUGGAGUGGGACGUAGAGCUACAAGUGGCACAGGACGGGGGCCUCAAUCCGGCAAAGUGUCGGCAGAACAACUCCGUGUCCAUCUGGCACCAGUCAAUUCUGAUGUUAAAUUGGGCCAGAUGAGUUGCUGUCUUAGCCGACAUGGACUAGUGGUAAUCGAAAAAAGAGGACUCCCUGUACUUGAUGCCCUGGUCCUCCACUUUGUGCAUGUAUAGAUCAAGCUCCUCCCUCCUAUGCGGAUACACAGAACAAAUAACAUCUCUAUAUAUCCCGAAAGCAAUAACAAAUUGUGGGAUAUAUAGUUUUUUGUUUAGUCAUGGGUCUCUAGUUUUUAACACCACAGAGAUGUCCCCAUAGUUAUAUGCUCAGUUUUCUAGAACAUCCUGCGAGGCGAUGAGGAAGGAAACUAAGUUAACAUCCUUCUCAUCCAGUAUUUCUUUUUUUGAUGGAUGCUGAGACGGAGUGAGCUGGUAAGACAUAUUGGGUAGUGGUGGUGGGUAGGGAGGGGGGUGCCACUAGGCAGGUUAGGGAUUACCAGGGGAGGACCUGAAGAGCCUGGUAGGUCACCUGGGGUGGCAAUGGCUGACAGGGUUUCCUGCGUAGCUUCUGAGGUGCUGGUAACCCUCCCUUGCGAGCUAGUGCCAGGCCUAGGGUCGCUGGCCUGAGCUGUCAAUAGUCUAUAAAGCUCUGCCUUCGUAGCAGUGGCUGGAAAAGGGAUGCCCCUGAGUCUUAGCUCUGCCAACAUUUUGGGGAUAGUCCAUGAUCUCAGGGACCUGGGGGUAGAGGGGGUGAGGGAUACUUCUGGGGACCCAGGCCUGGCUGGCGUGCUGGGUAGGUCAUCAAUAGGAAUGAAUUCUUGUGACAUUCUGAAAAAGGAAUAAUGAAUUAAUAUAGCAGAGGGGAGGGAAGGAAGAACAAGACCUUCACAGAACUUGCUUGCUGACUAGUGCCGAGGCGAAGAACUUAACUAUAGCCAAGUGACGGGUGAGGCCCUGCUAAUGCCAAGUGGCGGAGAGAGGCUCUACCUAUCAUUUGGACCGAAGGAAUUUGUUGGCCUAUCAAUGACAAUAAAAGAUUCAAUAUAAGCUAUUAACCAACAAUAUAAGCUAUUAACCAUGCAAAACUAUGUUGUAGUGGUGAGGAACUGGCUUCAUUUUGGGAUAGCCUUAAGAGUAUGGGCUUAGGUAAGGAAAUAUUCACGUUAGAUUAUUUACACUGUCAUAAGUGUUGUUUCCUAUAUGCUUAGCUGUCAGGGGAUUGAUCCGGUAUAUCGCUUAGACUGAGAUGACCUUCACCACAUCACACGGGCCUCCAGUGGACACAUAGGGUAUGGCAGGCCAUGAUUUGCAAAGUAGGAAAUGUAACAAUAAGAGGAAAAGAGACUGUACUUGUGCCUAUCAAACAAGAGCAACAGGUGAGGAGCAAGGCCCUUGAUAGUCUAGGUAUGAGUUUGAGGGAAGUGAGUCAACAUAAUGGAUUAGAGUUUAGACAGAUGAGUCACUAUAUGGGAAAGCCAAAGUCUUCCUUCUGGAGUCUCCUGUUCUCCUCCAUCAGGAUUAUAGUUGAUCCAGCAUGCAGAAAUGUUUCACAUCUAUGACUAAGGGUAAAGUCUAACCGGACCUUAGAAUGGCCGGACUUAACCAAAGAAUAGUCAAUAAACUAGCCGAGGUCAGGGACACAGAAUGGGACACGGCGAUAAGGGAAAGCCAAUAAUCAAGGAUACCAGAAGUCAGGGAGGUCAAAACAAAGCCAAAGUCAAUAACCAGAAACACACGAUCAGGAACGCACUCUUGGAUAACCAUCUAAGGAAACCACGACAGGGCAUUGAGGACAAGUAAAAAUUAGUUUAAAUAAGCCUCCUUUAGAUCUGAUUGGCCGUAAUCGGCCUUUGACCCCAGAACGUGCGUGCGCAUCUUUUGCAUGAUGUCACACGCACGUUGACGUUGUCAAUACCGUGGGCGGACGUGGGGCUAUAAAAUGGUGUGGAUUCGCCGCUGAGUGGCACCUCCGUCAAUGCCAGGAAUUUAUUAUGAAUGAAGCUUAUAAUUAUGUUAAUUUUGUAAUAAAUGGAGUCCCGUUAUUGUGUUCAUCUCCCCUUUCUCCAGGUUGGAUUCUUGUCUUCUAACCUCAUCAUGCUGUGAGAUUUUCCAUUCUGUCCUUGUUAUCAAUCGAUCCUUGACCGAACUGGAUUUGUCGUGGAAUGAUCUACAGGACUCAGGAGUAAAACAUUUGUGUGAUGGUCUCAAGAAUCAAGGAUGUGUGCUGAAACAGUUGAUGUGAGAACAAAACAAUUAUUUGUAUCAGAAUAAGUGGCAACAAUGAUCCUGCUUUCCCAGCAGUCCAUGCAAGCCAUGCAUAGAACAUUGACAGUUAGAGCCACAAAGGGGUUGGUGUAGUUUAAUUGUUUUCUUAAAGGGACACUGUAGUCACUAUAACCACUUUGUCUCUUUGAGUUGGUUAUAGUGCCUGGAGUGCCCUGGCACUGUCCCUCCAUUCAGUGUUGCACCAUGUUUGUGCAGUAUGCCACAAAAUAAGAGUCCCUGGCCAUCCACAGUCUGGCCCCUUCUGUAUGUGUAGCUAAAGCAGAGAUUACACACUUCCUUGUUGUCAUACCCAUUCAUACCGUCAGUUGGAGCUCUGACAGGUUAAAAGCAGUCAGCUGACACUUUCAGUCAAUCACAGCUGCACAUUGCCUCUCAGGGUAAUACUUCCUUAUUAGCCAAAGCAGCACAGAGGGGAUGGACUGCCGUGGUCUCUUGUUUAGCAUUAAAACAUUACAACAUUAAAAAAAAAAAUGAUGGCACCAGGGGACUCCAUACACUAUAACCAGCUUAAUGAGAUGAAGCAGAUACAGUGCCUACGGUGUCCCUUUAAAGGAAGCUUAGUGCUACUCCUCCUGUGACAAGCAGUUGCCUGGCCUCCAGGCACUGUACUGGUCUCUGCCUAACACAAUGUCUCAGAAGCAAACAUGUCCCCAAGUUUAUAUAAAAUAAUUCUCCUCAAUCAGAAUCCAGAACAGCGUAAGAUUUUAUUCCUAGCAUCACACCAACAAAGCAUUCAUUUGAAUUUCAUUAAAUCUGAAUUGCAAGUAACAGAUCACAUUGUAUAAUAUUGUGUAUAUUUUUGCAGCUUAGAAGAUUGUGGUUUGACAUCCAACUCUUGUGAGGAUUUACACUCUGUUAUUAUAACUAACCAGUCUAUGACUAAGCUUAGCCUGGCUGCGAAUGAAUUCAAGAAAGCAGGGAUACAUCUUCUUCGUCAGGGUCUCAGACAUCCAAAUUGUACCCUGCAAGAGCUGAGGUAGGAACUACAAUAUAUAGUUUAUAAAGUCCGCCUUUCAAACUAAGUCAUGUAAAAUAUAUUAAAGAUAUUAAAUCCUACUUACAUUUAACUAUUUAAAAUACUGAGUAAAAAUGAUUUAAAGGAGCACUUCACACACAUAAAGCACUUUAGCUUGCUGAAGUACUUUAUAUGUAAAGAGCGCUUCCUCUUUUUCAUUUUACAAGUAUAGAUUUCAAUAGAAAUUGUCACUUUUAUGAAUUAAACUUGUUACACCUCACUGACUGUCAAUCAGACAAUCGGUUCUGUUAUUUCCUGGUUGCUUAGCUCAGUUGAGCGUAAAUCAAGAGUGCAAAGAUUUCUCGUCAAACUGCAUUGGUAAGCCUGUAAUUGGACAGGUGAGGGCUUGCAAAGAUUACAGACAGCAGAUCUGCAGCUUUUUCAAGCUAUUUUUUUUUUAGAGAUACCCCCAAUAAAAAAAAUGCAUAAUUUCAUGCAUGCAUGCAUGGCACGGUCGGUAUAUCUUUUAAAUGGUAUUUUGUUCUUUAAAUUUGUGUAGUGGAGUGUCACUUUAAAGUGGUUAAUAAUUUUAGCAAAAUUAUAUCCUCAUGCUUGUUGUUUUUAAUGGUAUAUUUGUAACAUCUACUCUUUAAAAUGCUGUGAGAAAUAAACAUAAGGAUGUAUUCUCUAAACAGUGAAAUUUAAAGGGACACUAUAGUCACCAAAACAAGCUCAAUGAAGCAGUUUUGGUGUAUAGAUAAUGUCUCUGAAGUUACACUGCUCAGUUCACUGCCAUUUGGGGGUUAAACCACUUGUUUAUGUGUGUGCAGCCAUAGCCACACCUUAUAUAUGCAAAAAAUAGGGGAUGAUCUGCUAAGCCAAUAACAAACAGAAAAACAUAGCGUAUAACUGUGUAUAUUAAUAAACCACACGUGUUGUAUUCACAAAUGGCCACUCACACAUUCACUGAAGUUAAAGUGCCUUUAGUAUAAAUUCCCUCCAAGGAUUCAAUCUUCACUCUGUAUUCAAAUCACCAUGGGUUGGCUGGAGUGUAUGAACUCAAUAGAGAAAAAUAAAAUUGUAGUGCACAAUCAAAUGUAUAAUAAAAACUCAAUUUAAUCACUUACAUCAAAGUUAAAGGCAAUGGGUGUAGUAUUUCUGAGUCACUACCAGGGGUCUGACGCCUUUCGUCCGUGCAUAGGACUUUCUCAGGGACUUUGGUAGUGUGCAUUAAACCGUUACUGCACACUACCAAAGUCCCUGAGAAAGUCCUAUAAACGGACGAAAUGCAUCAGACCCCUGGUGGUGACUCAGAAAUACUACACCCAUUGCUUUUAACUUUGAUGUAAGUGAUUAGAUUGAUAUUUUAUUAUACAUUUGAUUGUGCACUACAAUUUUAUUUUUCUCUAUUGAGUACAUACACUCCAGCCAACCCAUGGUGAUUUGAAUACAGAGUGAAGAUUGAAUCCUUGGAGGAAAUUUAUACUAAAGGCACUUUAACUUCAGUGAAUAUGUGAGUGGCCAUUUGUGAAUACAACACUUGUGGUUUAUUCAUAUACACAGUUAUACGCUAUGUUUUUCUGUUUGUUAUUGGCUUAGCAGAUCAUCCCGUAUUUUUUGCAUAUAUUUAGUGGAAGUCAGGAGAAAGUCUUUGGAGGUACUUUUGGAAGCUUCACCUUGUACGGGGAAGUUUCUGUCUGCUAGUAAUUAAUUUUGCACUAAUUGCACUUUUUUGGUUUGUGCACACACAUAUUGUGUUUUUCCUAGCUACACCUUCCCUGGCUGUGACUGACAUUGCCUGCAUGAAAGCAAAGUGGUUUGAUUUUCAAUCAGAUGUAACUUACUUUAAAAGUUUUUAACUUCUGCUCUGUAAAUUGAACUUUAAUCACAUACAGGAGGCUGCUGCAAGGUCUUGCAAGCUAUUCACAGAGCAGGGGGAUAAGAAAUUCUAAAUUAAACAGAAUUUGCAAUAAAGGAAGUGUAAACGUUAGAUGACUCUUUACAGGAAGUAUUUAGGAAUGCUGUGCAAGUCAUAUCCAGGCAUGUGUGUCCAGGGCUACAUAAACAAAGUGAUUUAACUCCUAAAUGGCAGAUCAUUGAGCGGUGAGACUGCUCAUUAAGCUAAAGUUGUUUUGGUGACUACAGUGUCCCAUUCAUUUAAAUUUAAAACUCAUAUGCAAUAAAUAAAAAAAAUAAAAAAAAUUCAGCCUUUCAUAGGUUGGCUGUUUAUGCCUAGACUUUGCUAAUUGUUUUUCAAAUUUCCAAAAAUUCACUGUUUAGUGACAAAUUGAAUUACUCAGUUUGAACAACUCACCUAUUGACCAGGUGACCAGGACAUCCCUUUAUAACCUUAACAUCUGUACUCCUUCCUUAAAAAAAAAAAAAAAAACAACAACAAAAACAUAACUCCUACAUAACUUCUUUUUUAAAUAAGUAUUAUGGAAAAUGAAGGGUCCCUUCAACAACACACCUUCCAUUUAUAUGUGCCUGCUUUUUUAUUAGGCCGCUUAUUCUUGUAUUGAAAAGUGCAUCCCCAGUCAAGUCUCACUUCUGUAUGUUAUUCAAGAUACACAGGCCUUUUUCAAAUUUCUUUAUUUUUGUUGUGGAGCAUGGUUCGAAGAUGCCCGCAAUGUCACAACAGCAUAGUCAAGCACAUAUGUCAAAUACAGUAUAGUAUAGGCAUGGCAGUUGACUUAUCAAUACAUUUUAUAAAGACAGCCUUGUUUUUAAAUUAAGAGAAAGUAGGAGCAACAAGUUUAUACUGUCAUGUGUUAAGUGCAUCAAAUACAGGAAGUUAACUGUCAAAAAUAGAGCUUGACUAAGGAAACAUAAAUGGCAUCACAAUGUCAUACAGUCUGGUGGAGAUUAAACAGCAUCAGCUAACAGUCGCACAGUAUGGAAAACACACUUUGGUAGAUGGGUCCGAAAGCCUAUACUGUCACAAUAUUAGUGCAACCAAGAGGACACUUCACAUCCCCAGUCAGGUUUUGGUUAGUCCUCAGCUUUAAGAAAUCCUUGACUGUAUAAGUCAGCUAAUAUAAAUAACAAGUCCACAAAUAUAACGACAGUGUCAGGUUAUAAGUGCACAAUAUUUAAAAGCUAUGCUUGGAUAGAAAGGAAUAAACAUAACAGCUAGGUUACCGCUGAUAGAUGAACUCAGUAGGAAUUUAAAGAGGGAAGCAAAAAUCUCUGCAUAUUUUAACAGUAAUGCUGCUGUUUGUAGGCCCGCCACAUUCUUCAUCUUAUUCUGCACGUGGGCCAAUGCUCCCAGCACCUCUAGCUCACGCUGUUGGGAACCAAAGCCAUUUCUUCUGCCCCACUGGAGGUAUCACCAGCCCUUUAUGACUUUGGGAUAUGAAGAGCUCCUUGGGUGUAUGGACGGUAUGGUUUAUCCUACUCCAUGAGGGCCUCCGGCCCAGAGGAGGUGAGCUGAAACCAGUUCUGGGUGUCAUGAUGGUAACUUGCUUCAUGGAUUCAGGUGAUUUACUGCUCAACCGAAGCCAGAACUUCUGACACACCAGGUCGAACCCAUGUUUGAAACUUCUGGUUCACUGGGUGCAUGGGAAGCUGCAGCUCGGCGUCCAUCUUGGAUUUUACAUUGUGAACCUGAGACUGUUUUCGAAGAAGAGAGGCAAGUUCCUCAUCAGGGACCGGAAUAACCUCCAUCGGUCUGAAGGGGGAAGGAGGGGAGGAGAGUGUGCCCAGAGACCGGUCUCUGCAGAUUUCUCGGCCCUAGUCUGGAGAUCGACCGCUUCUACCAAACGUCAGGCCGCGGUCUCCUUUAGGCCGGAGCUCCAGAUGAGAAGAUUGCGUGUCUGAGAAGUGUAAUCACCGUAUCGUGCUGGGUGCUUUGGGUUUCUUUCAGCUUUAUUAUUAACUGUUUAUUUGGAGUACCAGUUCAGACUUGCAGGAGCUACCUAAAAGUGUGUACCGCCAUCUUUUUAAUGUGGGCUCUGUUUCAGUCCAUAUCUGAACUGAACAAGGUGAGUAAGAGCCAUGCAGGAUCUUCCCCACUCACUCAAUGAUCUUAUCCAGUAUUACAUUAGGUUUUGGCUUGAGAUGCCUAACUUCUUUUUCUCUUUAAAUUUUUUUUGUUUUUUUGUUUUUUUUUAAAUAUGCAUCAAUAAAAACUCAAUUGCAUAUAAUCAAGUGCACUAUUCUUCAUUAAAGUGUUUGUUUAAACAUGCAAUAAAUGGCACGGUUUAUGUAAUGUUAUACAUACUUAAAAUAUUAUUGUUCUGUAGAAGAAAUUAUAAAACAUGAAUUAAACUCUUAUGUUCUUCAAAAAGAAACAAACAAUGAUUAAUAAAUAACAUAUUACACAAACAUAUUAAAUAAUGCAUUAAACAAAAAAGGUACAAAAAUAUUUGUACCACAAAAGAACUAAGACACCUAAUGGAGCUGGUUGCAAGCCCAGUGUAGUAGGUGUAAAAGUAGAGCUUUGUAGUGCAUUGCUAUAUUUCAGCUUGAAAUCUACAUUUGCAUACCCUGCUGGAAGGGACUGUACAAAAUACAUUUUAUGAAGUGGAACCAUACAAUUUCGUCACAUACUGUUAUUGAAAUGGCAUUUACAAUUGGAUUAAAUCCGGUACAAUGUUUAGAAGAAAUGGAAUUAGAGCAUCCAGAAUAUAUAUGGUUGCCAGGUUAGGCAAUAUGAAACUCCAGAUGCAGACUUGUACUAUCAAACCAAAAAAGAAAUAAAAGUCAACGGCAAACAAAUCCUCAAAAGUCGAGGUCAGACAGUCCAGUAGUCAGUAUCCAAGCAGCAGAGGGCCAGUAGCGGUAAAACAAGUCAGAGGUCAGGAAAACUUUCAAGUGAAUCAGGAAUCACAGGUCUAGCAUGGAUGGAGCACAGAACAACUGAGCAAUGACAACUCCGUUGUUCAAGAUUUAAAUAUAGUAGCAAGUGUAACACACCUCCCCAGACAUGCUCCCAUAGCCUCCUAUUGGUGUAUGGGUCUGUCUGUCAUGCAGGAUUGCCAUGGGAGAUCAUUUGUUCCAACUGCGCCUCCUAGGCAUGGAAUAAUCCUGCACGUCUCCCAGGCGUCUAUCGCUGCCUGGCAGCUGUGUCGCGACUCAAGGUCGGGGGCUGCGGCCCGCCCCUGGUGUUCGCGCAUGCAUGCGUUAGUGCAGCCGCGACUCGGGAGUGCCGCUCGAGCAGUAAUGAAACGAAUGUAAGUCUUGAGAAUGGUGCAUUUCGCCCUGUGAUGGCACAGUGCAUAUAGCAAAAUGCGUCAUUAGACGAGCUGGAACCCCACCUCCAUGAAGUGUUUUAGUAAACUCUGAGUAGCCAUGAACUAGUAACUGUGUUUGGAUCUAAAGCUUACCCUGAUAGCAUUGAGGAUAGUAGGGUUUUUUAUUACAUUGUGUUCCUGAUUUUAAUAGCAGUGCGCAAUAAAGGAUUUAAACUUUCCAUUGCUGCCCUAUGUUUUCCUCUGAUGAAUACCUCCCCGUGCUGCAUUGGUUGCAGGCUACUAAUAUUUGGAACCUUUAAAGUUUCAGCAGUCUACCUACUCCCUGAGUUUACUGGUUGUUUAUUUUACAAAUCUUGUCUUACAGAUUUACACUAUAUUAUAUUCUUUUGGUUUUCCCUCUUUAUGUAUAUAUAUAUAUAAUCAUUGUGGCUGCCAUAUCAACUAAUGUGGUUGUUCAUUUGUUUUUGGUCACAUUAAAGGACCACUAUAGUACCAGGAAAACAUACUCGUUUUCCUGGCACUAUAGUGCCCUGAGGGUGCCCCCACCCUCAGGGACCCCCUCCCGCCCGGCUCUGGGAGGGGGAAAGGGGUUUAAAGUUACCUUUUUCCAGCGCUGGGCGGGGAGCUCUCCUCAUUCUCUCCUUCUCCGUUCCUCCUCCUGGGCUGAAUGCGCACGCGCGGCAAGAGCUGCGCGUGCAUUCAGCCGGUCGCAUAGGAAAGCAUUUACAAUGCUUUCCUAUGGACGCUUGCGUGCUCUCACUGUGAAAAUCACAGUGAGAAGAUAAGUUCUAGUGGCUGUCAAUGAGACAGCCACUAGAGGAUUAGGGGAAGGCUUAACCCAUUGAUAAACAUAGCAGUUUCUCUGAAACUGCUAUGUUUAUAAAAAAAAUGGGUUAACCCUAGCUGGACCUGGCACCCAGACCACUUCAUUAAGCUGAAGUGGUCUGGGUGCCUAGAGUGGUCCUUUAAGUAUUUUUCUUUAAAGGGCACAGUAUAUUUUAUAUGUAUAUAAUGUGUUUUGCUAAAUAGUGCUAUUUUGUAUUAUUGAUUACUGAUUAUUUCUGGCUUGAUCACAAACAUAUAGAGUGGACUUUUAAAGACACAACACACCUUAUUUGUGGAGUAUUUAUUCUGAGUGUUUUGCACAAAUGUACUUGGUAAGUUACUGAUAUCUUGAUAUUAAUUGUGUAUGUAAUUAUUCUUUUAUCUGCACUUUAUCACUUUGACACAUAUAAUAUGUAUGGAUGCACGUAAACAGAAAAGGUGAAAUUGUGGUAGAAUAAAUGCAUGACAAAAGUGCCAAAAUGCCGUGGUCACAAACUCACUGCACCUUAAAAGAGCCUUGGUCCUUAAGUGGCUAAUGUUGUUACUUAUUUUAUCAUAUGGCCAAAUGUUCAGUUUCUCUACCUGGAAUCCCAUCACUGUAGGGAUUCUUGGACAGUUUACUAUGUCACAGUUAACUUGAGUCUCAUUUAUUAUGCUGUAACACUUUGAAAAUUAAUAAUCGGGGUGAGGCCUGACUGCCAAUCAAGCAAGACGCAGUUUGGAGGAGUUCCUCUGAUUUUAUGAAAAAUUAAGCCUAAAUUACUACCUACUUGACCUUUAGUCAUCUGGGAAAUAUCCCAAUAUUAUUUUGGAAUGAGCUUUCUUUUUAAUUAUAACAUAUCUUAUAAUAUUAACAUAGUUUCAUUUUAUUUGCUAGGUUGUCUAGUAGACCUAUAAAUGUUGAUGAAUACAGAAAAAGGAAAGGACUUCUUCAAAAAGAGGAGAUUCUUUUGGGCUAACUUCCAAAUGACAAGGUACUGUAAUCUAUAAUGUGUUGUACAAUUACCUCACAAUGUGCUCUCUCUUCCAUAAACAUGGAAUGCCCUCUCUUGAUGUCCUGGUCCACCCCUCUGCAUCCAGUUUACCAUAAUUUCCAGCAGUUUUCAACACUGACAAUGCUGAACUAUAAACACUUUGUCUCCCCUUCCAACCUUCCAACCUUCAUUUAUCAUCUCAGUCAGUGCUCCACCUCCCUUUAAACUAGCAAAUGUUCUCACAACAAAUCAUUAAUGACCUUACUCUCCUCUAACCCACUACACCAUAGUGUGAAAAAAAAUUCUCCAAUAAUCUCCCCCCUUAUCCGAUAACUUCAUUAGAACUUGUGUUGCAUUUCUCAAGCAAAAUAAAAAAACAGGAUCCACCUCUAACUCAUAUCUCCUCCACCAAUUCUAACCCCCAGUCUUUUUUUCUUGUCAUCAUUUCUGACAACAAUCUCCUCCUCAUCAUCGAGCAGUUCUACCCUACCACCUCACACUUGCUCUUGGCUCCCCUCUUCCAAGUCAUUCUAUUCAACAUAACAUCAAUUUAUACUCAAUCUCACACUUCUGGAUUCUAUUUUAGUGCACUCAAAAUCUCAUCGCAUCUCUCUACUUCUUAAAACAGCUUUGACCCAGCUCCUGUUGCCCUUUUCCUUGCUUCUGGAAUGUUGUCUACACUUAACUAUCCACUUUCAUCUGCUCAUAUUAAAUCUUCCCAGGCCUUCUUCCUUGAAACAGUUCUCAUUUCUAUCCAUAACUGUCACCGAAGCACAACAAUCUAAACGCUUUUCCAUCUUAACCCUUCUUUAUUCAUCUGCUGCCUUUAACACUGUUGAUCAUCCAACUUUUCUUCUCACUUUCCCAACCUUGGUAUCACUGGUACUGCCCUCAAGUGGCUCCUUCCUACCACUCUCAUUGAUCCUAUCAAGUUUCCUGCAACUAUGUGUCCACUCAACCAAUAUCUCUUCCAGUUAAUGUACUGCAAGGUUCCGGAGCUAGUGUGCGGCGGGGGUGGAGCUAGGGGCAGAGCUAGCGUGGGGCGGGGCUUAGCAUGCAGCGGGGGCCUAGCUAACUGCAGCAUGGGAAGCAGGAAGGAGUCCCUGCUUCCCCAACAACCAGCCUCCAGGAGCUCCAAGCAGGAGGUAAGAAGCAGGUCAGUGUGUCUGUGUGUGUCUAUCUGUGUGUCUGUCUGUGUGUGUGUGACUGUCUGUGUGUGUGUCUGCCUGUGUGACUGUGUGUGUGUGACUGUCUGCCUGUGUGUGUGUGUGGCUUUCUGCCUGUGUGUGUGUGUGACAGUCUGCCUGUGUGUUUGACUGCGUGUGUGUGUCUGUCUGCCUGUCUCUGUAUGUGUGGAUGUUUGCCUCGGUGUCAGUGACUGUAGCACAAUGACUUAUGGGGCUGGCAUCGAUUUUUUUCCAGGGCUGCUUCGUAUCCCCAGUCCGGCCCUGUAUCAGACUGAUCAAUUCUCUCCUCCGCUGGACACUUCUCUUCACCACCACCUUCCAUUGUCUGCAAGUCAACUUAAAGGGAUUCUCCAGUGCCAAGAAAAAAAAUCAGUUUUCCUGGCACUGCAGAAUCCUGGAGUUCCCCCCUCUCCCACCCCCAUCCGAUGUUGCUGAAGGGAUUAAAACCCCUUCAGCCACUUACCUGAAUCCAGCACUGAUGUCCCUCGGUGCUGGGUCAGGCUCCGCCCACACUCCUCCCCCGCAGGUGAGGGGAACAUAAAGCACAUGCGCAGCAAUGGCCGGGGCACGCAUUAGACCACCCCAUAGGAAAGCAUUAUUCAAGGCUUACCUAUGGGGAAAAUCUGAUGCUGAAACUCCGUGUGGACGUCCAGCGUCAGAUAACGGAACAAAAGUCAGUUUGGAUUCCGGAAGCGCUCCCAGUGCUACAAUGUUUUACAUUGCAGCACUAAGUGCAAAAGGGUCACAGCACCCAGACUACUUCCAUUAGCCAAAGUAGUCUGGGUGCUUACCGUGUCCCUUUAAGCAAUGCUUCCUAUCACCCUGCCUUUUUUGCAUCUUUCCUAAACUUUUGUUGUACAACAUUGUUUUUUUUCAACCUUCUUAAUGUGUACAGUAUACAGAUUGUAAAGCAGUAGUCCAUAUAGUAGCAAAAUUUUGGCUACAUUUCGGUUAUCUUCACAAUUGUAUUUUUGCAUUCCAUGUUUUAGUGUUUUUUUUUUUUAUAUAUAUUAUAUACAUAUUUUGGUGCUACAAUCUCUUGUACCGAUACCUGUUUUUUUUUUUUUAUUUCUUCUUCUCUUUGCAAGAAUAAAAAAUAACCAUUUAAUUAUUUCUACCUUUAAAAAGCUAAAAAAAUGUAUCUUCUUCUAGGUCCAACUUUGUAUGCUCCUUGAGAUUCUUUGCGACAGGCUUUACAUUUGGAGGACAUGUCCCAAAAUGA